AUGUCUUCCCUUAGCUUUGUCUCAUACGAAGAACUAAUAGGAAUUUUUCAAUUUCAAAACACUCAUAUUUAGUUUCAGAAGGAGUAUACUAAAGAAUGGUAAGAGUCUGAGAUAGUAAAAUUUAAAAGAUUCAUGAGAAGAAAUAAAAAAAUUAAGAAAGACAAAGUAUUCUUCUAAUAUCAAUCCUAAUUCAUUCAAACUAAAAGUUAUCAGCAAUGUAGAAAAUUUUUAAGAGAUUAUAUACGAAAGGUUUUAGAUAAACAUAGAUAUGAAGUACUUAAAAAUCAUGAAAUAUUAUAUUGUUUUGGACCUUUACAUCCUAAUUUUGAAGUUGUGGAGACUGAAAAUAGAAUCAAAAUGAGAAGAAUAAAAGAAUAAUCCAUAGAUUAGAAUAAUAAAGAUGAAGAUAAAGCAUCCAUAACAACUUCAUAAUGACUUUAAUAUUCUUAUAUAAUAUAUUCCCAUAUGGCUUUA